AUGGGCGACGAUGGACGUCAAUCGCCACAGGACACGUACGAAGAGUUACACGAGGAAGAGGUGUUUGCGGAGAAAAUGGCAUCGGGACAAUCCGAAUCAAUUCCAUUGGAUCGACGCGAUCUACGGAGCGUUCUGGACGCUAUCAGGUCGGAAAACCAGUUUCCUUCAACCUCUUCUGCAUCUACCUUCAAGCGUGAAAGACAGGAGUACUCCCGCCGCAUUGCUCGGAUUACAGGUGAAGGCGAUUAUCCAACGAUGGCGCUCACAGCGGAGCUGCAAGAAGCCUUGGACGAAUUGGACCGCAUGGCCGCAACUUUCUAUGCAAUGCGCCAUCCGAUGCUGGCUGACGGUGGGUUUGCAAUUACCAAUGAUGCUUCAUAUUCAUAA